ACAUCCCCCCGAGCCACGCCCCCCAAGGGCACAUGCCCCAAGUACAUGGACCGCAAGGACACAUCCCUCAAGCUCACGUCCCUCAGGGGCACGCCCCCCAGGGACACAUUCCCCCUCAAGGCCGGCCUGUCCACGGCCACGGCCCUCCGGGGCAUCCAGGACCAGGGUAUCAGCCGCAGGCAGCACAACCCAAAGACUCGAGGCAAAUUGCGCCUCUUCUGCAACGGGACCACCACGACCUGCGCGACGGUUGGGACCAAAGGGACCGCAGGGACUCGUCCCGCGAGUCUCGUGACAGGGACCCGCUCGGCAGUAGGCGGGGAUCCAUGGACAUACUGGAGGCCAGGGACCUGGAGGAGAGGAGGCCGAGCAAGUACAAGGAGAUCCUGAUUGACUUCGAGCCGCAGCCUUGCGGGGCGCCGUGCGGAGCGCCGUGCCUGGCGCCGUGCGGGCCCGGGUGCACCGGGCCGUGCUCGUCGCCACCCUGCAGCCAGGCGGGUGCGCCCCAGGGAGCAGCGCCGGGGGCGCCGGGCCCGGGCCCGGCCCAGGGACCAGGGCGCAGGCGGCACAGCUUCCUCGGCGACGGCGAGAUCCUCAUCACGGACCCGCCCAUGGGGGGUCCCCUGGGGGCCAUCCCUCCACAGGACAUGUCCCCGUGCCGAGAGUGCGACCUCUCGGACCACUCGGAGCAGGACGACGGCAUGGACGACGAGGACGUUGGAGAGGAGGAUGAAGAGGACGAGGACGAGGAGGACGAGGACGGCGUGGUGCCGACGGGCAAGCUGGUGCACCCUCGCCUCAGGAUAGUGGGCCUCGGCCCCAAGGACUCGCUCGACGACGAGUUUCACGAGAAUCUCAUCUACCGCGGUCUCUUCCGCAAGAAGAGCGUGUCCCUGGAGGACACGUCGACCGCCGACCCGGACCUGGCCGUAUUCCCCCGCGACCAGUUCAGGCGUCAGUCUGACCGCUUCGAGGGCGAGCAGCAGGACCUGCAGGACGAGGGCGACACGCCGAGGACCUCGCCGGCGCCCGGCAGAGGGCUGACGACGCGCAGGAUGAACGGCAAGGCGGGGCCCGGGGCGCGCCUGUCGCCCUUCGCGUCGUCGGACUCGCUGGCCGAGACCAACGGCAUCUGGAACGAGAGCCAGGCCACGGUGCUGCAAGCCGACUCGGACAACUCGGCCGACUUGAGCUUGCAGCAGCACAGCCUGGCGCACAGCCUGCACCCCAGCACGGCGCACACCUCGGCCCUCAGCCCCGCGUCCCGGCGGAAGCACAUGCUCAUGGUGCAGCACCAGCAGCGCUCCUCCAUCGACACCGACGUCCUGGACGAGGACCCUGAACCCGUCCAG